AUGGUAUUAAAUGACUGCGCGGAUCCGGAGCAGGUGGGAUGUGGUUUUAGCGUGUUCAAGGAGGUAGACGAGGUGAUCGCCCUCAUAGCGGAAUUAAAGCGGUCAGAUGCGCCGGCGAGUCUCGUCGAGCGGAACAGGGACCGUUUCAACUUCAUCUUGUCCCAGUACCAGGAUCAGCAUCACCUCCUGGACCCGUACCUCGAGCAGAUCCUGGGAUCCUUGCUUUCGAUCAUCAAGGACGAUACGUGUCUGGAGAGCGUCAAACACAAUGCGUUCAAAUACCUGUUCAUCAUCAUGUCGGUGAAGACAUACAAGAGGAUCGUUACCUACCUCCCCCACGAGGUGGUGGAUCUUUUGCCUGUGCUGAGGAUGCUUGAGAAGCAGGAUCUGAACGAUGUGGAAACGUGGGAGACCAGAUAUGUCCUACUCGUCUGGUUGUCCAUCAUUUCUAAAAUACCAUUUCCUCUGUCUCGUUUGGAAACGUCCGAGAAAAUAGAUCCGGAACAAACUAUUAUUGUCAGAAUUUUAAAAGUCUGCAAAUUGUAUUGCUUGUCGAAAGACUCGUGUGCUGUGGCAGCUGUGUUUUUAAUAGCAAACUUUUUAACAAGAUUUGAUGUCAAGAAGUUAUAUUUAGAAGAAAUGAUUAUGUGGUGCUUAAAGUGUAUAGAAAAUGAUCCUUUGAAACAUGGGCCUCUGGCUGUAAUAGCCUCGAUAUUAAAACAUAGUGCUAGAGAAGAUGUCAAACCAUAUAGUCAAAUACUUCUCGAUAAUAUGUUGAAACUUCGGCUAAGUGAUAAUCCAGCGGAUCUUAUUAGAAAAUUUGGAAUAAAAGUUGUCCAACGCAUAGGUCUGGUACUAUUGAGAACAAAAUUAGCGUCCUGGCGCUAUCAGAAGACGAAUCGGCCGAUCACCAUUAUGCCUAAUGUUAAAGCGGAUAAUAUUGCUAAUACUGAAAGUAUAAAUGAUAUUAAAAAACCCAUUUCAAAUGACAAUGAAGAUCAGGAGAUUCCUCCUGUUAUUGAGGAUAUAAUAGAGCAACUUAUCCAGGGUCUUCGGGAUAAAGCGAUUACUGUAAGAUGGUCUGCAGCGAAAGGUAUUGGCAGAAUAACUGCGAGAUUACCAGUAGACUUAGCCGACGAUGUACUAGGAUUUGUAUUGAAUGUUUUUUCUGGGCGUGAAUCAGAUUCAGCUUGGCAUGGUGGUUGUUUGGCGCUUGCGGAACUUGGAAGACGUGGUCUAUUGUUACCUCAUCGUCUAAGCGAUGUCAUUCCCGUGGUGCUGCAAGCUCUAGUCUUUGAUGAACCCAGAGCUUAUGGAUCGAUCGGUUAUUUGAUUAGAGAUGCAGCUUGUUACAUAUGCUGGUCUUUUCCAAGAGCUUAUGAUCCACACGUUUUUGAAUGUUAUGUCAAAGAAAUUGCGGCGAUGUUGUUAGUUGUAACGUGUUUCGAUAGAGAGAUAAACUGUAGGAGAGCAGCAUCUGCUGCGUUUCAAGAAAACGUUGGGAGACAAGGCAAUUUUCCACAUGGUAUAGAUAUAUUGACUGUCGCCGAUUAUUUUGAAGUUGGCAUGCGGAGUCACACGUACCUCAAAAUUAGUGUACAAAUUGCACAAUAUGAAGAAUAUACAAAGCCUUUGAUAGACCACUUAGUAGCAAAGAAGGUUACACAUUGGGACACUGCAAUCAGGGAGCUUUCAGCCAGGUCACUUUUCAACCUGACGGCAGCUGAUCCACAUUACAUGAUAAAUACAGUACUACCGACCUUGUUGGACAUGCUGAAUUCUAUCGACUUGAAUGUUAGACACGGUGCAGUGCUAGCCACUGCGGAAAUUCUUGAAGCUUUAUACAAUCACUUUAAUGAUAAAAUUGGAAAUAUUAUUGGAGCAACGGCUGUAGAUGAUAUACAAAAUAUAGUACGAACUUUCAGAAGUAGAGGACAAUUUAAAGGUCUUGGAGGAGAGCUGAUGAAACAAGCUUGCGCUGUAUUGAUAAAAAAAUGUUCUGUCGUCCACUUUCCUAUUCAUUUCACAGACGUUGUAGAUGACUGGCAGAAAUUAUUAGAGGAGUGUUUGAGCCAUGAAGUAUCAGCAGUUAAAUUAAAAGCGGCCGAAGCGCACACAAACUUCUUUCUAGAAUAUUAUGUUGAUAUCGAUUAUGACGCCCGAAGUGCUGUAGUCAAUCGUUAUUUGGAGUCUUUGCAAUCGAGUAAUCAAUCCAUUAGAAUAGGAUUUGCACAAGCAAUAGGACAUUUUUCAUUAUUUGUAAUUCGUGAAAGAGUAAAAGACAUUAUAAAUUCAUUGAUCACAUGUACUCAUAUAUCUGAAAAUACGCUGAAAUGGGCGGAGAGUAGAAAAGAAGCUUUGCACUCUCUAACAAUGGUAUUGCAAACAUUGGGAAUUGAUGAAGCCGACAAAUGGCAACCGUUUGUGCCGGAUUUAUACGAGUGUUAUUUGUUAGCUCUUAAAGAAUAUACAAUAGAUAGUCGCGGAGAUAUAGGUGCUUGGGUGAGAGAAGCGGCUAUGAUUGGAUUACACGUGCUGACAAAUCUAAUAUCGCAAGCAAAACUAUUAUCUGUGUUGAACGAGGACUUGAUGGCUGAUGUGAUUGGCGGUAUCGCUCAGCAGGCUGUCGAAAGGAUAGACGGAAUUCGAGCUCAGGCUGGUACUGUAUUCAGUGCGCUUAUACACAGCGAUCCGCCACUUCCAAAUAUACCAUAUCAUAACGAAUUAAAAACUAUAUUUCCUUAUAAUGAAUGUAAGGAGACCAUUGAGUGGCGAAUGGAAUCUGCAACGUUUCCACGAUUUAUUAAAAUGUUAAGUUUUCCACCGUACAAAAUGAACUUGUUACACGGAAUUAUAUUUAGCGUUGGCGGCUUAAGUGAAUCAUUGGUGAAAUAUUCGAGUGUUUCUUUAUUUACUUAUCUGCAAGAGAUCGAUGAAGAGGGUUUAAAGGAUUUGUGUGAAAAAAUAUUAAAUAUAUUCGAGAAGAGUCAUAAAAAUGAAAGAAUGAUAACAUCGAUGCUGGCCUUCUUAGACCGUUUGCUGAGUUCUGGCUGCAUUCAGUCUGUUUUGGAUGAUGCAAACAAUACAAUCUCAGAGCGUGUAUUAACAUUAUUAAAACAUGAAAUAAAAUAUUCCAACAAUAUAAAACUGCUUAUUAGUAGUAUAAAUGUUUUCUGCCAGUUACUACAGGUACGAGGACCCGUAGCAAAGAGAGCGUUUUGCCAGUUGAGUAUAUUUUUGUGUCACAAAUACACGAGUUUAAGGAGAACAACGGCUAUACGUACUUAUGAAGCAUUAACUCUUUACGGAGAGGAAAUGGAUAUUGCAGAAGAAGAUUUAGCAAAUAUACUCGCAAAAUUAAAUGCGACCGAUUGGGAACAGCCAGUUGAAGAUUUACGUCCGAUCAGAAAUAAUUUGUGCGAGCUAAUGAAGGUACCUGCUCCAGUUUUGCAAACAAAAUCAACGAAUUAAGAAAGGCUUACGCGCAAAGAUUUUAACUUUUAUAUUUUAUUUUUAUGCUUAAUUGGCAUAGAGCAAAACAAAAUUUUAGCAUUAAUAUGAUAAUCAAGAUAUAUUGUAACAAUUUUCAUAGUUAAAUAAUACUGUUUAUAAUUUAAAAAAUUUUGUACAUAUGUACACAUAAAUUAUUUUGUUUUUCUAUCAUACAAACUUGUAGUUUUAUAAAAUGCAUUUAAUAAUUUCUAUCGCACAACAUACAAAAUAAACAUGUAAAAAAUAUUCCAGUAAUACUAAAAUAAAAAAUGCUAUUCAAAUUUUUAAGCAUUUAUACUCCCAAUUUAAUUCAAGUAUUUACUAAAAUUGUUAACAAUUUUAAAAUUUAAAAUUUUAUUUUAGCAUUUAUUAUAAUCAUACAUAUUCAUUUUCUGUUCAGUAAAAGUUGCUUCAGUUUUGCAAAUAAAAAACAGCGAAAAAUACUGGUUUAUGCGCGAAAAUGUUAGUUUUUUAUCAAAAUUAUAUUUUAUUUCUAUUUUUAUUUGCUUAAAUGCAAAUAGACAAAAUUUUAUCACUACUAUGAUAGUCAAGGUAGAGAUUGUAAUCAUUUUCACAGUUAAAUAAGAUUUUAAUAUUUAAAAUUUAAAAAUAUUGUACAUAUAUACAUAUAAAUCGUUAUCUUUUUUUUAUCGCAGACUUGUACACUUUGUAAAAUACAUUUGAUAAUUACUAUCACACAUUUUAUAUAGAAUAAACGUGUAAAAAUA